AUGGAAAUCUUGGAUACUAGCAGGUGCGAUUGCCGUGUAUGGGCUCACACCAGUUCUGGAAUUUUUUCGGUGGCGUCGGCCUGGGAUGCUUUAAGAAUCAAGGCUGCUCCUACUCAGUGGGGUUGGGCGAUUUGGCAGAGAUGUUUGCAACCCCGUUCCUCUGUUUUUGGGUGGCGUUUGGUGCAUGGAGCUCUUCCAAUUGAUGACAAAAUGCGUCGCAGGAUAGUAGCACUGGUGUCCAGAAAAUUAAAGGUCAUUCCCCUGCCCAAAGUCUGGGGGCCUCUCAUCAUCAUUAUUUGUCACCAGAUAUGGUUGGAGCGUAACAGGCAGCGUUAUGACAACCUGAAAAGAACCCAUUCCCAAGUGGUGAAUUUAUGCUUCAGAGAGGUCUCGGAUUGUGCCUGUAUUGAAGGGGUGAAGGUCAACUCAGUACACGAUCUGAUCCUUGCUAGAAAGUUGCGAGUUGUUAUCACCAAAUCGCCAGCAAAAAUUAUUAUUGAGGUGAAGUGGAAACAUCCUCUUAUAGGUUGGUGGAAAUUAAACAUCGACGGUUCCUCAUUGGGAAAUCCAGGAUCUAUAGGAGCUGGUGGGAUUUUCAGGAACCACUUUGGCACUCCAAUUAGAUGUUUCGCUUCCUUUCAAGGGGUUGGAACUAAUUUCAUGGCAGAGAUGGCGGCUUCCAAGGUGGGAAUUAAGGAAGCUCGGGAAUUAUGCAUCUCCAAGCUCUGGAUUGAAAGUGACUCUACAGCUACAGUUACUAUUAUUCUCUCCCGUAUGAUCCCUUGGUGUUUAAUGCAAUAUUGGUGGUCAAUUUCUCCUUUCCCUGAUUCUAUUCAGUGGAGAAUCACACAUUGCUAUAGGGAAGCUAAUGUGGCAGUAGAUGCUUUAGCAAACCAUGCGGCCAAAGGAGAAAUCUCAAGCAUUUGGCAAGCUACUCCUAUCUUCAUUUCUCAAGCUGUCUCAUGGGAUGCGCUAGGCUGGCCUUAUUACAGAUUUACUUAA